UGACUUCACCAUUGUGCAUUCGUAGAGGGAAGAAUCAGAAAAACAUAAGGAAAAUCCGGUUAAUUUAUAGAAAGCGCGGUGAAAAUAGUAAAAUACUAUUUGCGCGGCAGCGCAAUUGCUUCUAAUUAGCAUAAAAGAAAUCGACCAGUUGAGCUGAAAUAAUGAGUGCGUCGAGCGAGGGCGGCGCGGGAGGAGGAACGGUGGGUGGCGGCGGCGGAAGUACAGCUACAGCGCCAUCAGCCCCCCUGAAAACCAUUAAGAUACGCACCCAACAACUGCAUCCCCAUGCACUGCCAUCGUUGUCCUUGCUGCAUCCAUCUUCAUCAUCGGUGGCGUCCGCAUCCGCAUUUUCAUCCGCAUCCCUGGUAUCGCAUUCGCAUCCGCCACUGCAGCUGCGCGGCGUCAUAAACAAGUACUCAUUGCCAUCAUCCCAUUUGCCAUCCUCUGCAGCACACUCGGCGGUGGCCGCCAAGAUCACUCACGUGAAGGCCGACGGCGGCGGUGGGAUAUCCAUUUCCGGCACUCCGAUCCUCAGCGCCGGAACCAUCAAGGUGGCAGCAGCCAAUCCCAUCCAACAGGCUUCCCUGGCGGGCACACCGAUUUCCCUGAAUACGGGACAAGCCACCACGGCGGCCUCCAUACGAGCUAUCGGAGCUGGGGGCCAGUCCACGCAGGUCCGCGUCAUGAUGCCCAUGAUCAAGCAGCUGGAGAAUGUCACAGCGACGGGAAGGACUCAGAUUACUGCCAUACCAGCUGCUCCAGCUAGGAGUGUCUCCAAUGCUUCGAUUACGGUCACCAGACCCGUGACACAGGCCUAUCUGCCCCGAGCUAGUGUCACGGCCACCCAGAUGGGCGGCGUUGGCGUGGGAGUUGGCCAGCGCUUGGUCACGCCUCUGCGAGCCACAUCCUCGGCCUCGGCCACAGUGACGCCCGCAGCGCCCACGGGUUUAAGCACAUCGGGCGGCUUUGUGCGCGGAGCAACCGCUUCGGUCAGCAGGAGUGGAGUGGCUGUGUCAUCCCAGCCACCCUCCACGGUGAUCUCGUCCAGCAACAGUGCCACUUGGAUGCAGAGUCCAACGGGACAGGUGCAACUGAUACGAGCCAUCCAUCAGCCGCGCCAACGCAUCAUUACCACGUCGGCUGGUGCCAGCGUGGUGACCACUGCUACUCCAGUGCCAGCGCCAACGGCUUUAUCGGUGUCUACUGGGCAGCCUCUGACACCCCAGCAGGCCACGGGUCCAGGCGGUCCUCAGGCUUAUGUCGCCACUGUCCUGCCACAGAGACAGCACCAAGCCACGCUGGUGUACUCCUCCAAUGUGUCGACGCCAAAUGCCAAUACAAAUCCUGGCCAGCAAUUUAAUCCACGUUUUGCAGUGGCCACGCCCACCACAACGCCAGGGGGAACCACAGUGACGCCCCGGCAGGUGCGUCCCAUACCACUGGGCAAGAGCUUUCCGGCGGCCAAGUUAAACACGACCAGCAUCAGCAUCAGGGCUCCGAGCAUCCCGCAGCUAAAUGCCAGCGUUACGCCAUCCCAAACGCCCGUCAGCGUCUCCGGGGGAGCGACAGUGGCACCAGGCCGAGGACCUGGGGUCGGUGGAACUGCUCUGACGGCCACUAACUUGCACACCACGAGGAUUAUCCAACUGCAGCAGCCGGCGACGGGAACCACUCAGCAAAUCAUAGGAUCUGCUGCCCGCCUGGCCGGGAAUGUGAUGCUUCAGCCUUUCGUGAUGAGCACCACGGCAGCAGCCAAGAUGGGCAUCCGACCACCUGUUACCAUGACGGCCAAGGUGCAGCCAUCGCUGACCAUCACACAGCUUAAUCCCAUCGGCAAACUGUCCACAGCGGGAGGCACUGGCGGUCCCACAAUGACGCCGCAAGGUGUGGCCAGCAUUCAAGCGGUAUCAGUGCCAAGUGUCUCGGCCAGUGUGGUCAAUCCCAGCUCCGUGACGGGUGCCACAUCAGCUGCUGGCGGAGCAACCGUUUUACCCCUGACCAUCAGCGGCAGAGGAGGUGCAGUUGGUCCAGGGGGGAACAUCCUAACCGGUACACUGACGCCCAUCAAGAAUGCUAGCGGUGGCAUCAAGAUGAUGAUGACGCCGGCUCCCACGGCGGCUGCACCAGGCUCGGAGGGACCGGGUAAUACUGGACCAGCAGUGGGAAGUUUCCAGCGUACCUGGAAUCCGGUUGUGGCUUCACAGAGUCAGCUAAUGAAGAUCGAUGAUAAGGGAAGUGCUGCCACAAUCUACUACGAAUCCAUGCCGGCCUCAGCCUCCACGGGGGUUCUAUCAUUGACCACCACCACGGUGACGCAGAGCACGCAGGCACAGCCGCAGUUGGUGAGCAGUGCCGGCGGCAGCUUGUCGGUGUCCUCUUUGCCCUUCGCUAGUCAUGCGCCCACUGGAGCUGGAGCCGGAUCAGCGGGAGUCGGUUCCCAGGCCACAUUUACUGUACUGCCCUCAGGCGCUGCUGGAGGAGGAGGAGCUGCUACUCGGACCAUAGGCCCCCACCAACAGCUGAUAAUUCCAGCGGGAGCGAACAGUGCUCCGCCGCAGCACAUGGUGAUUCCGCUGCACACUUCGGUGAAGGUGACAACGACUGGAGCGGGGGGCAAUCCACAGCAGGCAACCGCCGGAGGUGGAUCGUUGGUGCCCAACUUUAUGCGCAAGCGGGAUGCAGAGGGUUCGCCCAUCCGAGCGGCCAAGAAUCUGGCGCCCACGUUGCUGUCCAUGGCGAGCAACACAAGCGGUCCGAGUCCGGGAACCACCUUCAAUCUGCAGCCCGUGUCCGUGGCAGUGCCGACAUCCAGCGGACUCAACUCUGGGCUCACUGUGGAAGCGCUGGCCAAGAAGGAACGGGAACGGGUUACGACACAUGGAGGAGUGCUGCCCACCAGCGGAGGCGGCGCAACAAAUGUGGCACCCACAGCAGCUGGCACCGCCGUUUCUUCAACGAGAAAUUCGAGGGCUGAGUCGCCGGCUUCCUCGGAUGGCUCAACUACUGUAUCGGCCAACUCCUCGCCCGGAGUGGAUCAACAGCAAUUGCAGGACAGGAUUGGCGAUGCGCCAGCGGCUGCACGCGAAAAUGCCACGCAUUUUAACCCCAUCAAUGAGCUGUACUCGACGCACCAAUCCCUGCAACAAGGCUUGAGCCACGCCUCUCUGGGCGCUCGUAGCGGCAACAGCGCCUUUGUGGAUGUUCAACAACCGACGCCACAGCAGCAACAGCCUCCUCAGCAGCAGCAGCAAGCGGCCCACCUGUUGGUGGGUUCCUCCUCGCAGCAGGCAGGUCCUCGACUGAACGGCACGGGGAAUAGCUCCAGCUCCAGCUACGACUGCUCCUCCAGAAAGAAGCCGCGACGAUCAACCAAUGACAGCCAGCACUCUGCACAAAGUCAGGCAUCUCUUUCGCUGCCACCACCUAGUGCUGAACCCACUGCGCCAACUGGUGCUGCCUACAUGCAAAAGCACAACAAUGGCGGGCUGCUGGUGGCAGCAGCGGCAGCGCCAACGGGCGUGCCGACACCUAAUAGUGCUCCAGGCGAUGCCAACCAUCGGAACAGUACACCGGCCGUGACGGGCAACAAGGAGAAUGCCAAUCCGGUGGACUUUGUCAUCCGUCGUCCACGUAACUGUGCGCUGCUCAAUACAUAUAAGCCCACCCACAAGUUGGCCAACAAUCACUUCCAUCGGUAUACCGAUGUGAAGCCAAGAGAGGAGCGUCGUGCCACCGUGAUUGAUUUGGCCAAUCAACCCAAUGUCCAGGGCAAAAUCAAUGGCUGGAAGAUCUAUCAUUUGAGCUCGCAAAUGGAGGACUUGAACGAAUCGGAGAUGGUCAGCCUGGGCCAGCUGGAAGUUAUGCUCAAAGAUCUGGAGAAGGACAAGGACAAGCACAGUGAAAUGGAGCGUGUAACUGAGUUGUUAAAGGGCAAUAUCCAACGCAGCAAGAUCAUCACCGAGGGCAUUAACGAGGCACAGAGUCAGCUCAUGAAGAUCUUUGAGCACAAGCCACACGUUUCGGACAUAAUCAAUCGAUGCGCCUCCAAGAGGAACUUCAAGAAGCGCGAAAAGAUCUAAAUGGGGACAGACCACAGAAGUAGCUAAGGAUCUAAAAUUAAAAGAAAUCGGGGAAACUACAAAUUUUCUUGAUUUCUUCGACUUGAUUUUAAAUCGUUAGUUAUUUUCUUGGCGUUGUGUAUAUUAACUAGAUUAAGACACUUAGAUUUUAACUAAUUCUUACCUUACACGCUAUUGAGAUUUGUAAGACAAACCAGAGUUACAAAGAAUCCAGCAAUAUUUUUUCAUUUUCCUAGCUUAAAAACAUCAAAUAUACUAAGCACUUGAGUUGUAUUUAGUAGAAA